UUCCUCUCUCGGGGAGAUUUUCACUUUGCAGCCUCCAGCUUGCAUUAUUUUCAAAUCACACGCCACUCAUAAGUUGCCUUUAGCACAAACGUGACUUUGGUACCUUCCCCGGCCAAAGGUGUAGCGGUUAACCCACAAAUAACGGAUUAUCAAAGCAUCAUCUGCGAUCUUCAGCUUGCUAUUUGGGAGAGGGGUCUCUCAGCUCUUCCGAGUAUGAGUUCAUAAUGAAGCGGCGACUGGAGGAUCAGGAAACGGUUUUUGCGUCCCAGCAGCGGCGCCUCGCUGGCAACGCGGAGGCUUUCCAGCAUCGUGUCCUGGCCCCUGCUCCAGCUCCAGCUGUGUAUGAGGCCGUGUCGGACAACAUGCAGCCCACAGCAGGCGUCCAGUACUCCGUCCCCCAGGGAUACCAGGUGUCUCUGCUUUCCCAGGUUCCCACCGUGGCCCAAAACAGUGCCGGACAUGGGCACACUCCGAGCCCAGCCGUCCAUGGCGGGUCCCACCACCACAGCCCGGCAGUCCAGUCCCAUGGGCCUUCAGUGAUGUCAGGGCACAGCCAUACAGCUGCACCUCAAGCCUCUGCACAGGGCCAGCAGUUCCAGAGGCUCAAGGUGGAAGAUGCUUUGUCUUACUUGGAUCAAGUGAAACUGCAGUUUGGCAACCAGCCUCAGGUCUACAAUGACUUUCUGGAUAUAAUGAAAGAGUUCAAGUCUCAAAGUAUUGACACCCCCGGGGUCAUCAGCAGAGUGUCACAGCUUUUCAAAGGUCACCCCGACCUCAUCAUGGGCUUCAACACCUUCCUGCCGCCGGGCUACAAGAUCGAGGUCCAGACCAACGACCUGGUCAAUGUGACCACUCCUGGUCAGAUCCACCACAUCACCCCGCAUGGCAUUUCAGUCCAGAACAUCCCCAUAACAGGAGCAGCUACACAGCAUCCGCCCCAGCUCCCAUCUGCUGCCGCCACCACCGCCCCGCCCCUCCUGACGCAAUCCACCCCUGCCAAGAUGAACAAGCCUCUCCAGCCCCAGGCGUUGACAUCGAGCAGUCAGAGCAAUCCGUCCAUCCCCGCGUACACCUCUCCUCGCUCCCCCCCCAUGCAGCUCCACCCGCCACUCAGUGGGACCCCCACUGGGCCACCCAUGCAGAACAACCAGCCUGUGGAGUUCAACCACGCCAUCAACUACGUCAACAAGAUCAAGAACCGCUUCCAGGGCCAGCCUGACAUCUACAAGGCCUUCCUGGAGAUCCUCCACACGUACCAGAAAGAGCAGCGUAACGCGAAGGAGGCUGGUGGAAACUACACACCGGCUCUGACGGAGCAGGAGGUGUAUGCUCAGGUUGCCAGGCUCUUCAAGAACCAAGAGGACCUGCUCUCAGAGUUUGGACAAUUUCUUCCUGACGCCAACAGUUCUGUGCUAUUAAAUAAGACCACAGCGGAGAAGGCAGAGUCUGUACGGAACGACCACGGUGGAACUGCCAAAAAGCUGCAGCUCAACAACAAACAGAGGCCCAAUCAGAACGGUUGCCAGAUCCGUCGUCAUCCAACUCCAGGGACCACGCCCCCUGUCAAGAAGAAGCCCAAGUUACUGAAUUUGAAAGAUUCCUCGGUGGCAGAGGCCAGCAAACAUGGAGUCGGGACAGAAUCUUUGUUCUUUGAAAAGGUGCGCAAAGCCCUGCGAAGUGCAGAGGCCUACGACAACUUCCUGCGGUGUCUGGUGAUCUUCAAUCAGGAGGUGAUCUCCAGGGCUGAACUGGUGCAGCUGGCUCUGCCCUUUUUAGGAAAAUUCCCCGAGCUGUUCAACUGGUUUAAAAACUUUCUGGGAUAUCGGGAAAUGUCCCACAUCGAAACGUACCCUAAGGAACGGGCCACCGAGGGCAUCGCCAUGGAGAUUGAUUAUGCUUCCUGUAAGAGACUUGGCUCCAGCUACAGAGCUCUGCCCAAAAGCUACCAACAGCCCAAGUGCACCGGCAGAACUCCACUUUGUAAAGAGGUCUUAAAUGAUACCUGGGUCUCCUUCCCCUCCUGGUCUGAGGACUCCACGUUUGUCAGCUCCAAGAAGACUCAGUACGAGGAGCACAUCUACAGAUGUGAGGAUGAACGCUUUGAGUUGGACGUAGUUCUGGAGACAAACCUGGCUACCAUCAGAGUCCUGGAGACGGUACAGAGGAAGUUGUCCCGCAUGUCAGCGGAGGAGCAGGCCAAGUUCCGCUUGGACAACACGAUGGGCGGCUCUUCAGAGGUCGUACACCGAAAGGCCAUCCAGAGGAUAUACGGAGACAAGGCACCCGACAUCAUCGACGGCCUGAAGAAAAACCCAGCUGUGUCUGUCCCCAUAGUGUUAAAGAGAUUAAAGACCAAGGAGGAAGAGUGGCGGGAAGCCCAGCGAGGCUUCAACAAGAUCUGGAGGGAACAGAACGAGAAGUAUUACCUCAAGUCUCUCGACCAUCAAGGCAUCAACUUCAAACAGAACGACACCAAAGUGCUUCGAUCCAAGUCCCUGCUGAAUGAAAUCGAAAGCAUUUAUGACGAGCGCCAAGAGCAGGCGUCCGAGGAGAACGCCACUCCACCCAUAGGCCCCCACCUGACGCUGGCGUACGAGGACAGCCAGAUCCUGGAGGACGCAGCUGCACUCAUCAUCCACCACGUCAAGCGGCAGACCAGCAUUCAGAAGGAGGACAAAUACAAGAUCAAGCAGAUCAUCUACCACUUCAUCCCCGACAUGCUGUUCUCCCAGCGGGGCGAGCUCUCCGAUGUAGAGGAGGAGGAGGAGGAAGAGGAGAUGGAUCUGGAGGAAGGCGCCUCCAAAAAGCACAACGGCGUCCCUGGAAACAGAAGCCCCUCCAAGUCCAAGCUGCUGUUCAGCAACACGGCGGCACAGAAGCUGCGUGGCUCAGACGACGCUUACAACCUUUUCUACGUCAACAACAACUGGUACAUCUUCCUGCGGCUGCACCAGACGUUGUGCUCGCGUCUGCUGCGGCUGUACGGGCAGGCGGAGCGGCAGAUCGAAGACGAGGUUAGGGAACGAGACUGGGAGAGGGAAGUCCUGGGACUGAAGAAGGAGAAGAACGACAAUCCGGCCAUCCAGCUGAGACUGAAAGAGCCCAUGGACAUUGAGGUGGAAGAUUACUACUCCGCCUUCUUGGAGAUGGUGAGGAAUUUGUUGGAUGGAAACAUGGAAGCUUCUCAGUAUGAGGACUCGCUGAGGGAAAUGUUCACCAUUCACGCAUACAUCGCCUUCACAAUGGACAAACUCAUCCAAAGCAUUGUACGGCAGCUCCAGCACAUCGUGAGUGAUGAGAUCUGCGUCCAGGUAACGGACCUCUACCUUUCAGAGAGCGCGAAUGGUGCCAGUGGAGGAACCAUGUCCACUCAGUCUUCAAGGAGCUCUGCGGAGGCCAUGUACCAGCGAAAAGCUGAGCAGCUCAUGUCUGAUGAGAACUGCUUCAAGGUGAUGUUUUCGAGGAACAGAGGGCAGGUGCAGCUCACGGUGGAGCUUCUCGACACAGAGGAGGAGAACUCGGACGAGCCAAUGGAGGCCGAGCGUUGGUCUGAUUAUGUUGGACGCUACUUAAACCCUGAUUCCACCACGCCUGAGUUAAGAGAGCACCUCGCUCAGAAGCCAGUUUUUCUUCCCAGAAAUCUGAGACGGAUCAGGAAGUACCAAAGGGGUCGAGAGCAGCUGGACAAGGAGGCGUGCGAGGGCGGCAAGAAAGCCAUGGAAAAGGAGAAAAUGGAGUGCAUGUUCAAACUCAACUCUUACAAGAUGGUGUACGUCUUUAAGUCUGAGGAUUACAUGUACCGACGCACUGCCCUGAUGCGAGCUCACCAGUCACAUGAGCGGGUGAGCACACGACUGCACAAACGCUUCCAGGCCUGGGUGGACAUGUGGGCUAAGGAGCACGUCACCCGCGACAUGAGCGCCGAAACCAAUAAGUGGCUGAUGGGCGAGACGCGCGACGGUCUGUUACCCUGCACCACCAGCCGCCAUCCAGAGAUCCUUCACUUCAUGAACAUCAACAAGUACCGCGUCAAAUACGGCCCGCCCAGCAAGGCGCCGUAGCCAAGAAGAAACAGGAGAGACUGAAUCCUUGGGGUAUUGGGUCUGAAGUCAAACAGGUCAGGAGUCGAGGUAGGAACGAGGGCUUAUUAAUGUGUUUUUAAGGCCGACAUGGGAGCACAACUAAGCUAGCUUACCGUGUACGUUGCACCCAGGGCGGCAGGAUUACUGAUUUUUACCAGCGUUUUUAGCUGGGCCCAUUUCUUCGCAGGGCCUUCGGUGCCAAAACUUAGGAAUCGUCAUGAUCCAGUCACAGACCUGAGCUCUUACCAGCACUCGAGCCACUUCUCAAACUUCCCUGAGCCUUUUUUUUUUUUUUUUUUUUAACGAGGCUUAGUGGCGUAACAACAGUGAGCCUGUGAGAGAUAGAGUGGUGCUUUUUUUGUACUUUAUCACAACUGAGCUUCGGUUUCGACUGACCGUUUUGUCUGAAGCCAUCAAGAGUGAGAGCGCUCCAUUGAAAUCAGUCAUACAGGGAUUUCUUUAUGAUAGUGUUAUCCAUGGAAAACAAUAUGGUGGACAAGUGCACUUAUUUAGAGAGGAAAAAAAAGUUUUGUUUCCCAGAUUGAAGGUUUGAAACGGGAGCACAACAACAUCUAAGAGAUCUGGUUCGGACAUUCCUGCGUUAAGGCCAAAUCACAAUUAUGUACCUAUCGCUAGACGGAAAGAGGGUUUCCCUUUCCAGAACACAUGGCAGCAUUAUUAGAAACUGUGCCUGAGCCCCAAACAGUAUUGUCAGGUUAACAUCAAAUAGCACUGUUGCAUUUAUGUAAAAAAAAAAAAAAAAAGACAAAAAAUUACCCUUACAACACUGUUUGGUCUCAGACUGUAAAAUUGUAUAGCUUUGAAUGUCAGUUACUGACAUGUAUUCCAGUGUAUGUGUUGUGUAUAUAUAUUAUAUAUAGUUCUAUUAACACAAAUGAUCCUCGCCGCCCUGGAUGUCAACCUUUUUAAAACGCCCUCUGCCAGUACACCAGCUCGCACACACACACACACACACACACACACACACACACACACACACACACACACACACACACACACACACACACACACACACACACACACACACACGCGUCUCAUUCUGGGAGGACUGUCCACAUGCCGCUCACAUUGUAAAUACACUGUACAUAGUCUCAGACUUUUUAUGACAGAUCUGUGUUGUUGUGCUAGUAAUACUUUCCAAGCUUACUGUGGACUUUAGUGAUAAAUGGCUAAAGUUAGUAUGUAUAUGAAAAAGACAAAUGCAAGACCAUUUAUUACAGUUUUUACCAAAGGGAGUUGAUUAUAAAAAUAGUUGUUUUCUUCCCCCCUUUGUGUGUUCCUUUAUGUCUUCUCUUUUUAAUUUCUGUAGUAAAAACGUGGAAAAGUAGAAAUGUAUCCAGGUCUUUCAGUUUUUAUAUAUGAGAUUCUUUUUCUUCUGAAUGUGACAUUUGGUUGGCUAAAAAAAAAAUCACUGCCCCCCCUCUUUUGACAACCAACACCGUCCGUGGCGAUGGUGGGACUCAUUUCAUUUUGUCUUCAGAUGAAUGGACUCCACAACGGUCUCACCUUGUGAUGCACGCUUCCCUCCCUGGAUAGAUUUCUGCUGCAAACAUCACCCCACAACCAUAUUUUUGAUAAUGGAAAAAGUCACACGAGCAUGUCUUUAGUCCCUUUAUUUAGACAUUAUUUAAAGUAAUAAUAAAAAUGACAUUUGUAGCCUAA